AAAAGCUCUAAAUGUUUCAAACUAAACCCUUAAAAAGCUGUAAAAUAAUAAAAUAAAACAAAAAUUUCUUAAACAAAACAAAGUGAUAUUAUUUAAAACCAUAAACAAAAAUAUUUCCUUUAAAGUAAUCAUAAAAAACCCUAAUAACUGUGUAAAUAAAACUACAAAAAAUGGCGCGCAAAAAGAAAUCAUACAAAGACUCAAAAGAGACCAAUACUACUACUUUAGCAAAAACAACAACACCAGAAACAACUAUACAACAACAACAACAUGAAGAAUGUUUACAAGAUCUAUCAGCCGCCACAAAAAAGCGAAGCAGUUUCGAUGAGCACAUGUUACAACAGCCACAACAACAACAACAAAAGCCACAAUAUCAAAGUGAUGGCGAGUUAAUGGAUUUAAAAAAGAAAUUUAAUUUGGAAAAAAACAAAUCGAAUUUAUUUCUUAUCAAAUCGUAUUCGUUUGUCGAUAAAACGAACAACAAAAGGCCAACAACAACAACAACGCAACACAACUUAAAUGUCAAACAGAAAUUGGAGGAAUUUGAUAAAUUUCACUCACAAAUGUUAGACAACACCACUAAAUGCAACAAAAACAAAACACAUAAAACUAAUAAACAGCAAAAACAAAUGGAGAAAACGGAAAAACCUGAGAAACCCAAAAAACCGCCCAAACUAAAGAAAAUGAAAAAAUCGAAAUCUACACAUGAUUCCACAGAAAAUCUACAAGAGUUGCAGGAAUUACUUAGGAAACCCUCGGUUAUAUUGGAAGAUGAGGUUAACAGCACCAACCCUAAAAGGCCUCAAUCCCUGAUUGUUACACAAAAUCAACAUCAUACGGUUAUAAAAUCCAAAACUUUGGAUGAUAUAGAAACACCGCGUUUGAAGCGAGACUCUUUUAUAAGACAUAGUUUGCAGUCGAUACGCCGUAGUUUCUCCUCUUCCAAGAAAUAUCAAAAUAAUAUAAGUUUUACCUCUUCCUCUUCAUCAUCUUCCUCCUCCUCCAACUCCUCGGCUGUGUCGGAUACUCUUAAGAGAUCUAAAACCAAAGAUUGUAACAAAGAUAUAGGCAAUUUAAAAGAUGUUGAAGAAACCAACUAUUUAAUAGCGGUUGAAGAGGAUGAAGAGGAUGGUUGUUCUUUAUCCUCUACAAUGGAUAGACCUUGUAAUGUCGUUAUAACCUUAAAUGAUGUUCAAACACUUGAACAGCAGCAGCAGCCACAGCAACAUUCACUGGAAUGUUCUACAUCAAAUGCCUUAAGUUGUACAAAUUCUUCUACCCCCUGCCCUUUAUAUACAAUGGAUUCAUUGGCUGUGCUUAAGGAAGAAGAUGAAAAGGAUUUAAACUCAUGUGUGCAGGUCGCCAGCAGUAGCAAUCCACCUAGUGUUAUCAACGAACAAAGUUCACUUGCUCAGCUACCGACAGACUCUCUAUCGCCCAUGGCACCAUUGCAAACACACACUGAAUGUAUAAGUGUUCAGUGUUUAAAUACCUUAGAUAAAGAUUACAACAACGGAUCUUCAUCUUCGACAAAUAACGACAACACAGCAACAACAAGUCUAACAACAUCGUCUAGUCCACCCCAGAAAACGAAAAGGGCAUUUCAACAUCAACUAUCGAUACCAGAAUCCCUGCAAUCAACGUCGAUAGGUUGUGCAACGUCUAGUGAAUAUUCGAGUGCAAGAUCUCUCAAACAUAGUGCGACUUCAUUGACUCCCCUACCGACGUUAAAUUCGUCUGGGAGUUUGCGCAGCAUAAGUCCUUCACGUCGCAGCGCCAGUAGCAACAGCAGCAGCACGGCCAAGCAUGAGCAAUCAACAGCAGCAGCGACAGCCGCUGCUGCUGCUACAGCUACAACAUCGAAUGGUUCCUCGUCAGCAACAACUCCCCCCGAAAAAGAGAAGAAACGCAAAGAGAUAUCAAGUUCGCGUGUAAAAAAGUUCCAUAGACAUUUUGCUCAGGUGUCCAAAGAUGAGAAACUGAUAAACUAUUAUUCCUGUGCACUAGUCAGUGAUAUUUUACUGCAAGGACAUCUUUAUAUAACAGAUCAACAUUUUGCAUUUUAUUCAAAUGUUUUUGGUUAUGUUACUAAGGUUGUUAUACCCACUUCCUCCGUUACUAAAAUCUCCAAAGAGAAAACCGCUAAAAUAAUACCAAAUGCUGUGGGCGUGGCCACCGCCGAUGAACGCCAUGUCUUUGGCAGUUUCAUAAGUCGCGAGGCCGCGUUUCGCCUCAUGUGCAGUGUUUGUCCACCGCUGGGCGUACCCGAAAUACUGCCCAAAGAUCCGGCCAACAUUGAAAUCUCCGAAGAAUACUCAAUCGAAGAUGAUAGCAGCUGUUCGAUAAGCGGCAACGAAAGUCCAGCUCAAAUCACCGAACUGCAAAAUUCCCAAACCAAUGGUAAUCUGCUACAUAACGAUACUAGUCAAACGAUACUGAGACGUUCAGUGGGCAGUUCGAAUUUAAGUAUUGCCGACACAAGGCACUCCGACAUUCCUAUAAAUGCCAAAUCAGCAACAAAUACAGCUUCCUCAACAAGAUCCUCGGCACCGGCAGCCGCACACUAUGCUAAUGGCGCUGGCGGCAAUGUGAAUUUAAUUGGUCUCAAGUCAGUGCUGCAACAACAACAACAACCCGCCCUGAAACCUACGCUCGAGGGCGAGGUUAGUAAAGUAACUAUUAUAGCUGGCUGUGCUUCCUCCACCACGUCGGCCACUUCCACGCCCACACCGUCGACCUCAUCUUCGCCCACCACCGUCAUGACUUUGCCAAGUUCUAAAGCUAAUCGUGUUAUAAAUAUAUUUACAAGUGUAAGCAAAAACCUCAUGGUACACCUUAAGUUUCCCACUGAAAUACAUGUGGUCUAUUUGGGCGUUAUGCUCACUCUACUAUUAGCAUUAUUUUCCAUAUUCCUAUUAUAUCGGAUAUUAGAUAUAGAAGCUAAAACAAAUGGUUAUCGAUCUCCUGUAGAAUUUAAUUGGCGUUCUGGCAAUGAUGAUGAUAUAUUUAGCGAAGCUUUACGCUUUCAAAAGCAACUGCAACUUAAAAGUACUGAAGAAGCUCAGAAUAUACUUAAAACGAAUUUAGAACAAAUUGCUAAGGUGCGCCGCAGUUUAGAAACCUUAUCGAUGUUAAUCCAUGACCGUAGCUCAUCGUUUGUUUCUACCCAUACCGAUGAUAGUGACUGAAAUAUUUUUUUUAUAAUUAUUUUUAAAUACCAUACUGCAUAUACCCAUUAUUUUUUUUUACUAAUUUAGUAAAAUUAUUUUCUUAAGCUUAGCAAAAUCAUACAAAAAUACACCCCCUCCCCCAUUAACCUUAAAAUAAUCUAUUUUAUUAUAUUAAUUAAAUAACUAUAAAAAUGUAUAUGAAUUUGUAAAGAUCUAUAUAUAGUAGCCACCCAAACACAAACAAACCGCAGCUAUUACAAAAAAAAACUCUAUGAAUUUUCUAUUAUUUUUUAAAAAAAUAAUUUAUAAAUUUUUUUUGUAUAUUUAUAUUUAAUUUUAUAAAAUUUCAUAUUAAGUUUAAAACAUUAAGAGAAAUUUUAUGUUGAAUUAUCUUAGUUUUAAUUUAAAAUUAUUGCUUAGUAUAUACAAAAAAAAAACCAACUGAAUAUUUAUUAAACAAACAAAAAAAAACACAAACAUUUCCAAGAAAAUGUUUUUGAAUUUAAGUAAAAAACAACUAUUGUAAUUAUUUAUAACUACAUAUAUUAAUUAAGUCAAGUAAAAGAGAAAAUAAAUUAUGAAUGAAGAAUAUAUAUAUGAAAAACGCUUAAAAAUACAAUUAAAAAAAACAA